UAUUUUAUGCCAGACUAAAUCCUUUUUUUUUUAAAGGCAGCUAUAAGCAGAAACAAGCAAUUGUGGGCGCUGUAGUCCAAAAUGCGUGCAGGGUGUUAAGUUGCUCACUCCUGGUUUCAAAUGCACAGGAAGCUAAGAAGAAGAGGCUGGAUGGAAAGGUAAUCUGCACGUGCUCAGGAACAGUCCCGCCCUCAAGUCAGUGUCCUGGCGCCGAUUCCUGCCUCUGAAGAUGGUUCGGGGAGCGGUCUCCUGAGAGCACUAGGACCUGGUGAUCGCCCUCAGCCGCUAAGAAAUCCCAAGCGGGCAGCCGAGAGUCCUUUUAGGGACCUGGAAGAGAGCGAUGAAGGGAAAGCGAGCAGCGAGGUUUUGAGCGGAGAGAAACACCGGGCCUCAGGUGUCGAUAUCGGAGAGAGGAAGACCUGCAGCCACAUGAAUUCUGCUACCAGUGCACCAAACAGACAUCAGCCAGUCUUGGGAACAACAAGUACAGAAGGUUGGUGACCAACGGUGACUUAAAACAAUUCUAAAGUGCCAUUAUGACAAGCAGUAUUCCCCAAGACAGAUAUAAGGCUGUUUGGCUCAUCUUUUUUAUACUUGGUCUUGGGACGCUCUUGCCAUGGAAUUUUUUCAUGACAGCUUCAGAGUACUUUAUCGACCGCCUGAAGGACUCUCCCAGCAACAUAUCAUCGUUGGAUUCCUACGCCAAUGUGAAUGACACAGGAAAAGAGGACUCUUAUAAUCUUGGUAAUGUGAAUGUCACAGGGAAAAAGGAUGUUCCUCUCUCAUACCUACAGUCCAUAUUUACUAAUGUGAUGACAUUGUGUGCCAUGCUACCUCUACUUAUCUUCACCUGCCUUAACUCUUUCAUCCACCAAAGGAUCCCUCAGCAAAUACGAAUCAUAUCUAGUUUGGCUGCCAUCUUCUUGGUCUUCAUGGUAACAGCGAUCCUGGUCAAGGUCCCAAUGGAGCCUUUGACUUUUUUCAUCAUUACUAUGAUCAAGAUAGUCCUCAUCAAUUCCUUUGGGGCCAUUCUCCAAGGCAGCCUUUUUGGAUUGGCAGGGCUUCUUCCCACCAGUUACACGGCACCUAUUAUGAGUGGGCAGGGCCUUGCAGGGACAUUCGCAGCAGUAGCUCUGAUCUGUGCUAUUGCCACUGGUUCUGAACUAAAAGAAAGUGCCUUUGGUUACUUCAUCACUGCCUGUGUUGUGAUCAUGAUAGCUAUUGGCUCCUAUAUCAUGUUGCCUCAUCUGGAUUUUUUCUGCUUUUAUUCGAUGAAGAAUAAGAGAGAAAAUGCAACUUCUGUAACUCAGGCUGAGAUGGAAACAAAAGUGGAUCUCAUCAAGAAAGAUGGGGUUAACGGUGUUGAACGAAACCACUGUAGGAAUGGAGAUUCCCUUGCCUCCAGCCACAGAUCUUCAGUCCUUGGCAUCUUCAAGAAGAUAUGGGUUAUGGCUGUUUCUGUCUGCUUAGUUUUUACUGUUACAAUUGGAGUCUUCCCAGCUGUCACUGCUGCAGUAAAGCCAACUAUUGGAAAAAAUACACCUUGGGUUUCCUAUUUCAAUCCAGUUGCUUGUUUCCUGAUGUUUAACAUCUUUGACUGGGCAGGAAGGAGCCUUACAACUGUCUGUGUUUGGCCUGGAAAAGAGAGCCGCCUGCUACCCUUCCUGGUGGUUAUCCGUCUGAUUUUCAUUCCCCUCUUCAUGCUGUGUAACGUGCAGCCUCGCAAUUACCUGCCUGUCAUCUUUGCUCACGAUGCCUGGUACCUCACUUUCAUGCCGUUAUUCUCCAUCUCCAAUGGUUACUUGGCCAGCCUCUGCAUGUGCUUUGGACCCAAGAAGGUGCUGUCUCAUGAAGCGGAAACUGCUGGAGCCAUCAUGGCCUUCUUUCUCUCCUUGGGCCUGGCUUUAGGAGCCAUCUUAUCCUUUCCACUCAGAUAUGGUAUCUAAUGAAGAUUCCAUGGGGCAUCUCUGGGCAGAGGAGCAGUAGAGUUAUAAUACCAAGGAGCAUUUCUCGCCUGGUUCCUGGGAACUUAAUAUCUCUUGGUUUAGAGGAGGACUUCUCUCUUACUGACCAGGUGGCCUGGCUUCUCCUUGGGUAUAAGCCUUUCCCCUUCACACACAUACACACACACGCAUACACACCAGUGCCAGUUAUGGAUGAUUUGCAUUGUCUCAAUGUGUUCUGCUUCACUAUCUGCGGCAAAAGAGAAUUGUUCCCAAUCCAGCUUCCGGCUUUUCAGCUGCUCCUGUGAAUUUGUUGAAUGUGCUCACACUUCAUUUUAGUGUCUGCUCUACCCUCAAAAGACAAGACAUUGAAACAGUUGCUGCACCCCCCCAAAACGUUCUUCAUUAAAUGACUCCAUGGAAAAGGAGUCCUCUUCUUCAGCUGCAUGUUCAAGCUUCUAAAAUCCGUGGCUUGUGGACAUUCAGAAUUAGGCAAGAACCUCAACAGCUGUGACUUGUAGACGGGUGAUGGAAAGUGGACUUUGGCUAUUUCCACACUUUUAAAUAAUUUGGACAACAACUUCAGGGUGUUGAUUACUUUGAGAAUUGAAGUAUUUUGUAUACAAACUGAAUAUGCUUUUUCUUCUGAAGGCUCAGCCUUGUCUCUUUUCCAAGAUUUUGCAUGAUCUGGCUCUAGGGAGAAGUGGUAGAUGAGCUCAUGAACUCUUCAGCAUAGUACAAAUGAUAAAAGGGAUUAUUCCCAAACCCGGCUGUUCAGAGCCCCUGCAGUUUUCUGUGCUUCUUCAUGAAUUUAUGAAACUCAGGAUUUGCGUAUUUGAACUCUGUUUAAAAAUGGCAGAAAAUUUUAAGAGAAAGGUUGUAAAUAAAUAAAAAACAAGGGUGGGCUUUUUUGCAAAGUUUGAUGCUAUAAUGUUACCUUGUAUUUAAAUUAUUUAGUAUUGUUAAUUAUAAAAGUCCAUUUCAUAUGGGAACACAACAAAGACCAAUCAUAGUAGAAAGUAGUGAUUGUAAAGGUCCUAAAAUCAGUUGCUAGGCCUUAGUAUGGUACAGUACUAUGACUGGUCUUUUUGUGUUUGUGUGUGUGUGUGUGUGUGUGUAUGUGAAGGAAAAAAAUGGAACUAGAGCGCCAUCUAUUGUCAACCUUUAUAUAUUACCAUCUGUGGGUCAUAAUGAUACAGAUAGUCUCAAUCUAGGAAUGUUAGUUUGACAAUUUGAAGUUAUGGUGGCCUUGGGAAAAGUGACUGAUGACUGGUCCCCAAAAUUAGUACUAUUGCAUAUGGAGGCACACCUCCCUGCAGUCACAAUUCAAGUUACAGUGUCUUGCAAGUAUGUGGCCUUCCUAGCUAGCUUCCAACAAGCAAAAUCAAUUGGGAAAUCCAAAUUUGUUUAAAGACCUUGUGAUUCACUUAAUAACUACAUAAAAAGAGUCAUAAAAUUAGGUCUGGUCACAUGAUUCACUUAAGGACUACAUUGCUUAGCGACCAAAAUUCAGGUCCUAAUUGUGCUUUGUAAGUCAAGGGCUACCUGCAUAUUUAUAAAUGUAAAAAGCCAAAAUACAUCAGGCCUUCUGUCAAGUGGUUAAAUUGUGUGACAUCCCCAAA